CGUGGUCAAGCAGCAACGAAGCCCGAAAUAGGAAGCUAAAUUAUUUGUGGGCUUUACUGGGCUUGCUGUGUUGCCACAGAAUUUUUCUCGACGUUUUUAGAUGUGAUUGUGGUCGUAGUUUCCUGGCAUGAGUUCCACUGUAGUAAUCAAUUUCCUCUUGCUUCCCAUGCCUUAGCCGUCUCUUUUGAUGCGGUUCUCAUACAGGAUUUCUCUCGAAGGUUGUUGGUGUGGAUACUGGGAACUCAAAUUUGUGUAGAUCUAGAGGUUUGUGGGUGAUGGAAGCUCUUUGAGUUGCGAAUGUACAGCGGAGUUGGGUUGGGCUGCAAUUCGAGGCAAUGCGAGUGCGAGAGAAGGUGGUAUUCGGGUUUGUUCGAGUUUCGGGGUAGUCGCUGGUGGUGGUAUGGUUGCGCACGCUGAACGCUUUGGUUGCGGGAUUAAUGUUCUGGAGUUGAAGUGCUCGUGUUCGUUAGCUUCGCAUUUUCGUAAUGCUAAGCGGAUCUGUGGCGGGAUGGUCGUGAUGUGGAGGGGGGUGUUUCAUGCGUGAAGGAGAUUGAAACCCUAAUGAAUAGUUUGAGAAAUACCAGAAGUGAGAGAGAGCCGUCGUAUGGACAUGCAUGCAUUGGAUAGAGAUCCGUGCACAGCAGUUAAUGCGCAGAACCUUGCAGAGGAUUGUUUGAUGUGAACUUAAGGACUUCUGAGGCGGUCUGAGAAUUUGACGGAGGCGAAUGCACAGCUAGAUUUGUAUUCGAGCUUCACGACCUUUCUCCUGGUAAUUCUAGACGUGACCUCUUGAGAACAGAAAAGUCUCUGCAGGUGCAUGAUUGAAUUAUUGGCGAGGGAGGGUUUCCCGGUUAAUUUUCCUGACGAAGAUUCUUGGGGCAAAGUGGCCGCGGCCAGUUUUCUUGUCACCCUGGUAAGGUGUAUUCGUUUCCAAGCCUUCAGGUUACUGAGAAAGAUUGUUCAAGGGCUGGCAUGCCCUCUUCUAGCGCCAUGACCGAGCGACUACCAUCAAAUACUGAAGCAAGCACUUCAAAUAGUGCUGCUUACAUAGAACACACUGUUACUAGGCUCGACACUCUGGCUGGCGUUGCCAUCAAAUACGGCGUUGAGGUAGCAGAUGUCAAGCGUUUCAAUGGGCUUACCACAGAUUUGCAAAUGUUUGCACUGAAGACACUACGAAUACCAACACCAGGGAGGCACCCACUUUCAGCUGUACUGUCAAACCCCAGUCAGUCGAGAUGUGAUGAUUUUGCACCCAGUGUUCGUCCCUACCGUGCUGGAAGCUGCGACGUCAAUCUCCCAGGCAGCGGUAUGCUCAAGCCAUGGGAGAAGACACAGGAUACACCAACAAUGGAUUUAUUGAGAUCUUAUUACGGUCUACCUUCCUCAUCGGGAAGAGUGGGAGAAGGCCUCGAAAUGACCACUCUCUACUCUGACAGGGCAAUUGACUUAGAUGAUGAAGUAUUUCUUCCCAUGUUUCGCCCUCCACAUAUCGCCGACUCUCAGAAGCACUGCUCUGGGGAUUACAGAACUAAUCGCUGUGGCUACGUACGAGAAUCAUGUAACAACCUUCUGGAUUCUUGUUGGUCUGCCAAGGCGUCCGGAUCUACUGAGUCUAGUCACCUUAUGAAAUCCAGUAAAAGAAUAGUUACAGAAGGAGAUUCCCAGAGCAAGGAAAGGCCCAUUCGGAGGCGAGCAAGGAGUGAGCUGGGCACUGACGACACGCAUGAUUUCGGUGAAAGGGUGAAUUUUCCGAGGAGAGAUCCUGCUUCAAGACCAAAAGAUUUGAACCCCAUUGAAGGGCCUUUUGGGUCGAGCAGUAUGAAGACUUUUGGAGCUGCUCUUUUAGGAGGGAAAGAAGCUGUGGAGGGUCUCCUAUCCAAGGUAAAGCUUACAGCAACUCCAACUUCUGCGCAAGAGACUGGUAGACCAUUGUGUGAAAGGGUGCCUUCCACAGGAUCCUUCAGCAUAUUGGAAGGUAUUACCUCAGCGUACCGUCAAGCAAAAGCUGCCUUGGAUUAGGUUGCUGAUUACCAAAUUUUGCUGCUGACUUCUUAUGAACUGAGGGCACUUCUGCAUGCUGCAAGCAAAGACUUGGUUCCGGUAGCCGACAUUAGUUGGCACUGAAAACUAUUGGCUGAGUGAUUGGAAUCUAGGGUACUGUACCCUUUUCUGAGAAUGCAAAUAAGCCUUUAUAUUAGAAAUAGAGAAUGUAAAUUUCCCCACCUUAAGUGAGGUAGGUGCGAUUUUCCAGUGAAUGAUGAGGUGAUCACUUCAUCUUUUUGAGGUUGAAAGUCUUAAUUUUUCAAAAGUUGUUCAUGUUGAUACCCGUUAUUUGAGAACAGUGUGCAGAACUUAGUGCAGUCUAACCUGCAGAGUUCUGUCAUGCAACUUUUGACUAGGAGUAGUACGAGAUUAUUUCACAUUCUUUGGCUCAUGGAGUCUUCAAUGUAGGGAAUAAGAGGUUUUCCUCUGCUUGUAUUCUUGUCGCAUGGAAUUAUAUCUUUUAGGCGUAUACUAUGUAGAACACUAGGUAUGAACUUGACUCAGUAUCAAGUUAAUCUAUUCUGUGAAAGAAGUGCUCAACAAGCUGUUCAGCUUUGCAUUUACCUAGA